AUGGUUGCUGCUGGGAGCGCGGUUUUCGUGUUGUUGAUGUUUUGUGUGGCGUCGCUUGGAAAGUUAGCAGAAACCAAUGAAAUAUCAAAGGAUGAAGUAGACAAGAUAAUAGAAGAUGACAUAACGGGGAAACUAAGUGAGGAUUUGCUGCAGAGUAUAGAGAGGAAGUUUCAAGUGGACCUAGAAAGGUCAGUGGACAUGGUGCUGAUAAAAAUCAAACUGCUGUUGCAAAACGGCACCACUCACAUUCAAGACAGCUUGGCAGAGCUACAGGGCAUGCUGGACUUGAUGAAGAAACAUACGGGAGAGGAAACGGUAAACGCUUGUUUGAAGAGCAGGCAGAACGAGACGUCAGCUUUGGCAGAGAAGGCGCUGCACCAAAUGGUGGUGUGCGGUUACGCGCUGAUCGGCCACGACCCUGGACGUGCAGUUGCUCGGGUGGUGGGAUUGAAGAAUAUGAUCAAGCAGGGAGUCAUGCCGAUUUACGCCAGGAGGAAGGAUAUUGACGCAAUUCUGAAGCUAUGCGGCCACGAACAUGAUUCUUUGAAGAAUGUCAUUAAGUGUGUAAUUUCUAAGUCUCCAGUCAUAAAAACAUCCAUGAUGGACAUUACAAGUAAGCUAAUAGAAGGCGUAGUGGAAUUAACAAAAUUGAUGGCACACGGCGCUAUGCACGAGGCCUGUCUCGUCGAGGUGGUGAAGACUUUAGAGGAUGAAGCAUUCGACCUCAUCGGAAAAGUGAAGGAUUGCGCCUACGGCAACAAUACUUAUGUCGACGAAGUUAACAAAUAUUUAGCAGAAAAUAACGCAACCGUUCUGGAUAUUAAGAAAGUAAUAGAAGACGAUGCACACGUAAAUAAGACCAUCAGUGGUACGGGCAAAAUGGAGGAGUUGUUGCGUAGGAUGGUGAUGGAGAGCAAUAAGAAAAAUAUUGAAGAGAAACUCAAGGAGAAAAUACAAAUUAUGCAGAAUGAUAUU